ACGUGACCGCCAGAGCAGGAAGCUGUUGACUGUGCUGCAGGAUAGUUCAUGCCGCCACGGGGCAGGUUGGUAUCCUUUUAACUUCUACUGUGUCUCUCCGUCUUCUGUCUGUGCGCCUAUAAGACAUCGUGGCUUAUAUAUUUAAUCUUAAAGCUCUGCUACUGAGUCGCUGGAGGUGUUUUGAGCUCUGUGUGUGUUGUAGUUUUCGCGGAAGUGAAGUUUGACAGCUGGCAGGUGUAAUCAGAAACACUCUGAACUUCACCGUUUCACUUUCAGCCGUUUGCAGUCCGUUAAACAAAUAUGAAAAUAUAGGUAUAAUAGCGUUUGUUUUACUUAGUAUUGACUUAAAAGGGACAGUUUGCAGAGGUCAUCUACGGUAGUGUUCAGGUAAUCAUUCACGUUACAUAUACGCCGAUGUACGAUCGCCACGCGCCAGUAUUUUUGCAGAUGAGCUCGUGUUUUUUUUUACAUCGUUUGACAACACCGAGAAACGACCGUUAUGUCUAUUUUUGAGGCGUUUUGUUUUCUGUCUGGUGAGAAAUUAGUAGACCACAGUAACGGGGGGGAAGAGUCUCAUGGGUAACAGAAUUAAGCGCAACAUGUGUUGACCAUGAUGCGUUCAGGGAAGUGUGUAGUGCUGUGUUUUGUAGCGCAGUGGCGUCCAUAGCAUACAUGUGGCCCAAGGGCUAGUUAGUAUUUCGGGAUGAAAUACUGAGUAUGACUUGCAUUUCUGGAUUUAAUCAAAUGAAAAAAAAAUUAAAAACUGUGACCAAAUGCACAGCAUUGGCGACAGAAUCUUCAUGAAGAUAAAACAUCAUUAAGGUUAAAACCCUUUUUUGUUCCUUUAGGGGGAAAAAAAGGACAGACAUCUCCACAUCUCAGAACCUAAAUCUGUAAGCAGUGUCUAACUGGUCUCCACAUUUUUGCAGCUGUUUUGUUUCCAGCAGACACAUCUGUUUACACAGCUCUAAGUUUGUGUCAUUAGGUAAACAUGGACUGUAUUCAAUCCUUCGCAAUGAGAGAGCAAAACAAAUUGUUCUCUGUCAUCAGCCAGGAUUUUACCGCCUGGACCAAGAUUUUGUUUGCUGUCCGUACUAUUCAGCAGCUGCGUAAUACAUUUUACUGACAUUAAGUGAUAUUUCUGUCAUAAAUAUCUGUGGUUGUAAUAUCAAGACAAUGAUAAUACUCCAGCUUAGUUUCCAUUUGUAAUUUUUUUUUCCAUUUUUAGUUUUUCUCUUUUUGAAUAGUAAAAAAGUUUUCUGUAAUAAGGGUUUGUGUCCACUAAUGGCAUUUGGGGCCUAUUUUUGAAAUAAGACCAGUGCAGUUCAAAGCACCCACCAUCUUCUCCAAUAGACCAAAUGACCAAAAUCAUGAAGGGAUAGGACUUCUGAUAUCAAUUUUGUCAGCUACAAGAGCAGAGGAGGAGAAACUAGCUAUAUUUUUCAAGAGAAGGACAAGAAGCACCAAAGACAAUAAUACAGACUAGCUGAAGGUAACUAUCAAAGUAACCAGGGCUUCCAUAUCACCCUAGCAGUGCCACAGUCUGAUACAUGAUACAACAUGAUGCAGUAAUUGGUGUAUUAGAGGAAAUCUAUACAGAUUUCCUCAUUUUUAUCAUCAAAUUCAUCCCACUUAAAAAUAGACAGCUAUUUGACGUCCAAAAUUUUUAGACCUAACAACCGUCUAGAUUCUAUAUAUUUUUAGAUGAAAUUUAGACGUUGCAUUUUAACCCAUUAUUCAAUAACUAUUUAUUUCAAUAAGCAACUUUGAGUUGCGUAAAUGAUCUCCAAGUACUUAACCAAAAUAAUUAUGAUAGCUGUUGAGCAAUAUACAGUGUAGUAUAGAUAAAGCCCAGCUUAAGACUUGGUCUAAACUUGAUCUAAAUUUAGACGUCUAAAAAGCUUUCAUCACUAGACCUGUGGUAGCCUGAUUUUAGACCAGUCGUCUAGGCUACAUUUAGACGUCUAUUAGACCUCGUUUAGACCAAAAAAUGCUCAGUGGGAUUGUUUCAUCAUGAAUUAUUUUCAGUCAUAGUUUUUAUUCCUGGUGUCUCAGAACCACAACACUGAUAAACACUGAUAGGUGCACUAUUUUGCCCGAGAAGUUUUGACCAGCAUUUUAAAAUGUGGUUUAAAGGGAAUUCAAAAACCUCCUCAGUAUAUUCGAGGUGAGUGAUGCAGCAAUAAAAAAAAUUAUAUGUAUGUUUUAUGAUCCCAGAAGAUCCUAGAUAAAAUCUAACAAACUGCCUCCAGUGGUAUCACUCGAGUCCACAUCGGCUGGGUCUCCUGACUGUCAGUAUGAAAAAAAUGAACACAUCCAUGCUGUUUCAAAAGAGUGAGUUCACCAGACCUCUUUGAACCCCCUCCCUCUAUUUCCGCUUUAGGCUACAUUAUUGGCAUGAAAAAACACAAAAAAUUGGAAAUUUUCCACCCAAAUAUUUGCAUCAAAUGCCUUCAUUCUUCUUUUUUGAUGGGGUUACUUAGUUUCACUAGGGAAUUUAAAUCCCUGAAAAAUUUGAUGCAAAAGUCAAAAUCAGUUCUCUGUUGAACUAAGUCAUGCUUUUAUUUGGAACAUUUUGCUUCACAAAGUAUGGAAAGCAUUUUUAAGUAAAACUAAUUAAUGCCAUAAAUAUAAAAGCUUUAUCUUGUAUCAGAGCGGUAUUCAGUUUUUUUUAAAUCGUGACCUUUUAUUUCUAAAUAUAGACGGUGUGUCAGAUCUUUGCCCAUUUAGAUUCAAAGAGGAUUUACACAGCCUUGUUUCCUUUAACAGAUGCAUAGACCAAUAACCUUUUUUUUAACUACCCCCCCCAACCCAGAGUUUUGCAUAAGGUUUUGUUGGAUCAAUGCCUGUCUGACUAAAUCAAUGAAUUUCUGUCAUUGCAAAAUCACCAGAAAAUCAGUCAGAGUUUCCCAGCAUUUCAACAAGAGGUGAUCUGUUGCUCUAGAGGCUUGUUGCCCCCGAGCAAAGUCCAAAGACCUCACUGCUGCCUCAUCACCAUCUACGGAUCAUUACGGACCAUGACGUUCACGGCAAAGCACAACCAUAAGCUCUAAGGGGACUGAACAAUCAGCUGGAUCCGUUUCUGCUACUUUUUUAAAAAAUUUUCUCUGUUUUUCUUUGGAUAUAUCUGAGCUCCAGGUAAAAUGAACUCUUAUUUAACUUUAAGGUUUUCAGGUAAUAAUGAGCUUUAAAUUAGCUGAAACCAUAGUUUUUAUUACUAUAAAAAGUAGAUUCCCACUGAGCAUUUUUUGGUCUAAAAGAGGUCAAAUAAACGUCUAAAUGUAGCCUAGACGACUUGUCUAAAAUCAGGCUACCACAGGUCUAAAAAUAAAAGCUUUUUACUCGUCUAAAUUAAGACCAAGUUUAGACUAGUCCGCUAACAGAGGUCUAACUGUAUUUAGCUCAACGGCUAUCGUAAUUAUUUUGGUUUAGUACUCACAGAUGCUUUUUGAAAUAAAUAGAUGUCUAAUAAUGGGUUAAAGUGCAACGUCUAAAUUCUGUCUAAAAAUAUACAGAAUCUAGAUGUUUGAAAUUAGGUCUAAAAAAAACUAGACGUCUAAUAGCCAUCUAUUGGUCAGUUGGUUGUUUAUUUUGCAGACCAAAAACAAAUACUGGUUGCAUUGGUGUUGAAAUUGUAUAUUUUCACAUAUUGAUUACGAAUGAUUAGUGAAAAUUUGAGAAAAUGUUUCUUUUCUUUGUCGGAAGUUGACUUUAUAUAGUUUGGUUUUGAAUCUAAAAAGUUAGAUUCUCAGAAAUACUGUCAACAAUCUUCACAGUUUUUCCUGGCGUGUAAACACACAUAACGUACAACAUUUUGAAGGUCAUUUUGAAUGCAUUUUGUGUGUCAUGUAGUGAUCUCUUGUCGUGUCUUUCUUUGCUGUGUUGAUACAGGAGUUUGCACAGUUCAAACCAGAGCAUGUUGGUGUGUGUGGUCCUGCUCCUGGUCACUCUGUGCUCCCAGGGAGGAAACGGUGAGGAAACCCAGGGACAGGGCCAUGUUUCCGUGGUGAUAGUUGGAGGCACAGGUGACCUGGCCAAGAAAUACCUGUGGCAGGGCUUCUUCCAGCUGUACGCCCACCACGUUAGCAGUGGGAACUCCUUUUCCUUCUACGGUGGAGGGCUGUCACCUGCUGAAAAGGCCACCCCGGUCCUCUUUGAGAUCCUGAAGGCGGUGACCUGCCCCAAGGAUGUGUCACAGGAGCGGUGCGCUAUACUUAGAGAGCAGUUCCUGCGGCUCACUGAGUACAAGCAGCUGAAGACGGUAGAGGAGUACCAGGAUCUAUCUAAGCAGAUUGAGCAGCAGCUUCAGCAGGAGGGACUCACUGAGGCGGGGAGGCUCUUCUACCUCUCUGUGCCAGCGUUUGCGUACGCAGACAUCGCUGAGAAGAUAAACAGCACUUGCAGGCCAAAAGGUGGCACCUGGUUGAGGGUGGUGCUAGAGAAACCUUUCGGGCAUGACUUCAGGAGCGCUCAGGUGCUUGCAUCUCAGCUGGGGAGUGCUUUAAAGGAUGAAGAAAUGUACAGAAUCGAUCAUUACCUGGGCAAGCAGGUAAGAAAAUCCUUUCUAGUAGAAGCAGCAGCACUCCCGUGGCUGUGGGAGUGAGAUGUUUGAUUUCACAGCAUGUGUUUGAUUUUGUGUGUGAAGGUGGUGGCAAAGAUUCUUCCAUUCAGAGAGGAGAACAAGAAGUUUCUGGAUCCUAUCUGGAACAAGCACCACAUUGAGAGAGUGGAGAUCGUCUUAAAAGAAACCCUGGAUGUAAAAGGUAAAUGCAUGAACAGUAGGGAAGUACGAUGUAGGCUAAAGAAUUCAUCACGAUAAGUUUGCCAUUCUGGUGAUAACGAUAAAAAUCCCGAUAAAAAUUAUUAUAAUUCCAAUCUAUAUUUUUGACUCAUUCUGUAAUGAGAACUGCACAAACAUUGUUCUUGAAUCAAGGCACAUAGUCAAAUAAGAUACUUAAGGUCCUUACACACCAGCGAAUUUGUGAAGCGAAAAAGUGAGACGAAAAAGCGAAAAUAUUCGCCAGUCCGAAAAAUUACUUUCACUUAUACACACCGGGCAACUACUCUGUGGUACACACUCUCUCCCAUUGUUGCUCUUGGUGCUAGUGGUGGUGUGUGUCGUGUGAACUGCAGCCGCAUGGGUCUGUGACGUCAUCAACAACAUGACUUUUGAUUGGCCAGAGGUCUAGUAGGUCCAGAUAUUCGCCUGCAAAUCUCCGAAAAAUUCGACACAAGAGCGAAAAAAUAAAAGACGCUUUUUGCCCCGCGGAAAAAUCGCCGCCAGUGUGGAAGCUUGCAUUGACUUUAUGCUGUUUUAAAAAAAGGCGAAUAAUUCGCCUGGCGAAUUCACGCGUGGUGUGUAAGGACCUAUAGCCUGAAGUUUGAGCGGUAGGUUAUGGAUAAAACUAGAGAUAUCAAACAGGUCUGAAAUAUGAAAACACUUUCAACAUUUAUUCAAAACUCUUAUUGAACAGAGUGAACAGAAGUAGAUCCAAUGUCUGAUGUCAGGCAUACCUUAUUCCACUCGUCCAAGCCCCAAUCUUCUCCACCUUCACCUAUGUUUGUUUUUUAUUCUGCUCUGUGUGGGCUACGGCUGUGAGUCCGUCGCCCGUGUUUACAUCAUCAACUUGCGUUUAUCGCAUUUAUCGUGAGAUUGGAAACUGAGUGCAAGUAUCAGUUUUAGCCUCUAAUGUGGUUCCUAUAGUGGGCGAGUAUGCCAGUCAAUGCACUAGUGGAAUACCAGACAAAUUACAGGUUUUAGGUGCUUGACAAAAUCAGGCAACAAAAGUGUGGUACUGGAAGAAAUUGUACCAAAAGUUGUAGUUAGCUAAAUACAGGAAACACACAAGUAAUGAGGGGAUACUCAGUUCUGGCCAGUAUUGACGUGAAGAUAAAAUGAUGUGAGUCAGGAAGGAACAAAUAUAUCUGAACAUCCCUGUAAAGAUAGAUACCAUCAUGUGUUCAUGGUCUCUCUUUUUUUACAACUUAAUUUAGGGCAUUUUCAGUUAUAUAAGAAUAACAUACAUAAAAAAUAGUAAAAAAAACACAAGAUACCAAAUCUCAUGAUCAUAAUCUGGUGCUAGUGUCCUCCCCACAUACCUUCCCUUGGGACCAAGAGUACACGCGCGCGCGCACACACACACACACACACACACACAAAGGGAUCCAAUGUUGCAAAAGAGUAAAAUCAAUGGACUAGUCAGACAGGUUAAAAUUACCGAGAUAACAUGAUUGGUUAUAGAUUUAACUUCUUUACAUACUCAAUAAAAGGAGACCACACACCACACUGGUAUAUGUGUCACAGCAUCUGUUGAGUGUUUGUCUUAUCUUUUCUAACUGAAGUGGAGCUAUAACCUCCUGAAUCCAUCUCGAUGGAUAGAUUUCCAAUCCAUGAAGAUCAGCCUCUGAGUUAUAAGGCUGCAGAAUGCUUUUGCUCUCUUUUGUUUAUUAGUGGUAUAAAUUUCUGAGGGUGUGACUCCAAACAAAGCGGUGAGUGGGUUGGAUUUGAGUGUUGUGUUGACAGUCGAAAACGGAGGACCAGAAAUCAACUAUCUCUCCUCUUGUUUUGCCUCAAAGGUCGUAUUCCCUUCUACGACCAGUACGGGGUGAUCAGAGACGUCCUGCAGAACCACCUCACCGAAGUCAUGACCCUGAUGACCAUGAGGCUCCCUGUGAAUCUGAGCAGCAGCGAGGAAGUCCUCCAAAACAAGCUGCGGAUCUUCAGCUCCCUGCUGCCUGUUGGAAAGAAUCAGGCUGUGAUUGGCCAGUACCAAGCAUACAAGGCGCAGGUUCAGCAGGAGCUGAAUAUGACUAAAGAUCACAUCAGUAUCACACCAACAUUUGCAGGUGAGCACUGAAGACCUUGAUCAUGAGGAUCGUCUCUGUUUUAAAAUCAGAAAUAUUCCAAAUUUUGAUCCUGUUUGUUUAUUUCAGCUGUAUUGGCACAUAUGGACGAGGCUCAGUACGAAGGAGUCCCGAUUCUUUUGAUCUCAGGGAAAAUGCUGGACGAACGUGUCGGAUACGCACGCGUACUUUUCAAGAACGACAUCUUUUGUCUCCAGAAUCAAAACAGCGUUCACUGCAAGCCCAAACAGAUAGUGUUCCAUUUUGGCCAUGGCAGCCUUCAAUAUCCAGCCAUCCUUGUGAGCAAAAAUUUAUUUAAGCCAGUUUUUAAAGACUCGCAGUGGAAGGAAGUGAUGGAGCACAAAGAUCUGAGUGUUUUAGGUUUGCCUGUUUCAGAUUAUUAUGUUCAUACUCCGACAGAGCUGAAAGAAGCGUAUUCAGAACUGAUUUCUCACAUUUUCGCUGGACGUAAAGAUAGUUUCAUUAGUACUGAAAACCUGCUGGCUUCAUGGGGAAUGUGGACACCUCUGCUCAGCAGUAUAGCCAGCUCUUUCCCGCGUAUUUACCCCGGAGGCGCAGACAACGGAGGCCUCCUGGAUGUUAAUUUGAAGGGGAAAGAGAUCAGCUACAACAGCGAGGUGGUGAUCAUCAACAACAAUCCCCUGGGUGGUACCUCUGCGAACGGUUUCCAGGUGAUGCAGGGUAAAUUUCGCAGCUGUGAAAUGGUGUCUGCGUGGGCCGAGGAGCUGGUGGAGAAGCUAGCAACCGACCUGCAAGAAGCGGCAGAGGAAGCGGUGCGUGAGGGCGGUGUUUUCCACCUCGCCCUCUCCGGCGGGUCAUCUCCCCUUGCUCUUUUCCACCGGCUCGCCCUGCACCACUUCUCCUUCCCCUGGAGAGACACCCAUGUGUGGAUGGUGGACGAGCGUUGCGUGCCGCUGACCGACCCAGAGUCCAACUUCCACAACCUGCACGACCACCUUCUGCAGCACGUGAAGAUUCCCUACUACAACAUCCAUCCCAUGCCUGUGCAGCUGAACCAGCGUCUGUGCGUGGAGGAGGAUGGAGGGACCCUGCAGUAUGAGGAAGAGAUUAAAAAGCUGGUUAACGGCUCCAGUUUCCACUUUGUGCUGCUGGGAGUCGGCUACGACGCCCACACAGCCUCCCUGUUCCCGGGGCCUAAAAUAGACCAGCAUGGAGAGAGUUUGGUGGCGCUGACUGAGAGCCCCGCUAAACCUCACCAGCGUAUGAGCCUCACUUUCAGCGCCAUAAACCGAGCCCGCAGGGUGUCUCUGCUCGUGAUGGGCAAGAGCAAACAUGAGAUGAUCACACAGCUGAGCAGAGUGAAGGACAACCCGCAGAAAUGGCCCGUCACCGGGGUGAAGCCCUCUGACGGCAGACUGGUUUGGUAUUUAGACUAUGACACACUUUUAGGAUAAAUUAAUGAAUUAGGAUGAAGCUCCUUUGAUUGAACCGCUUGUUGAAAUACCAGUUUACAUGCCAUACCUGUGGAUGACAAAUCUCAUUUCUUUGACAUAAUUGUUGCUGCAGGUCUGUGGUUGAUUUUUUUGAGAGCCUUUCAGUGUUAAAGGGAUAGUCAGGUGCAAAAUUAAGCUUGGGUCAAACACAUCGUAACACCGAGUUAGACACCCCGUCGAGAGAUAAAUGUUGCCGACCGCUUGCUUCUCUAGUUAUACCAACUUUAGUAAUGACCGCA